AUGAUUGGGCCCACGAAUGGUCCAAAUACAGAAACACCAACGAGAGAUGCGCGGUUGCGUUUGCAUCUCCUCUCUCUCUCUACAAUUUCCCUGUCACAGACACAGAUUCACUCCGAAGCUGAACGCUGCAGAAAAUGUUCAAAAAAUUUUCAGGUGAAGAUGUGUCUGCACAGAACCAAGUGAAGGCAUCUGUUCAACGUAAAAUACGGCAAAGUAUUGCAGAAGAGUAUCCAGGCCUUGAACCUGUGUUGGAUGAUAUACUUCCCAAGAAGUCCCCUCUUAUAGUUGCUAAAUGUCAGAACCAUCUCAGUCUGGUUCUCGUGAACAAUGUGCCUCUGUUUUUCAGUGUCCGUGAUGGACCAUACAUGCCGACGCUGCGACUGCUCCAUCAAUAUCCAAAUAUAAUGAAGAAGUUGCAAGUUGACCGUGGUGCAAUAAGAUUUGUCUUGGCUGGUGCAAACAUAAUGUGCCCUGGUCUUACAUCUCCUGGGGGUGCUUUGGAUGAGGAUGUAGGGGCAGAAUGUCCUGUGGCCAUCAUGGCCGAAGGAAAACAGCAUGCUCUCGCUAUUGGCUUUACAAAAAUGUCCGCAAAAGACAUAAAAGCAAUCAAUAAGGGAAUUGGGGUUGACAACUUGCAUUAUCUCAAUGAUGGUCUUUGGAAGAUGGAGCGACUUGAUUGAAGAUGUAACAAGAGCUUCAAUGCCUACAAAUGAUUGACGAGUUCCUGUUUUCUGGACCUUGAUCCAGAUCGUAGGGAUCUUAUGCGAACUUGUUUAUUUGUUUUGUUAUACCGUGUAAACAGUAAAGAAAUGAAUUUUGUUGCAGAGAGUGCUCUCUUUUAGUAACUAUGUAGAUUUCAUGUAAUAUGGAAUACACUCUACCUGUUGAAAAUACGAAUUUUUGCUUAUUUUCGGACACCAAUUGAA